UUACGCCGGCUCAAACACUGCCUAACCGUCCAGGUAUUGUGGCAGACAGUUUGGCUCUUGCGAGGAGCUAAGUGAGAGUUGAAGUCUCUGUGAACCCCCUAGCCUGAGUAAUGAAGAAAAUUUUUGGCCUAUGUGUGAAGAAGGGCGUAUCGCCCUCUGAUGCCGCCUGUAGCUCCCGGAAGAAUGGCAAGGGCGAAGGGAGAGAGAGGAACCGAACCCACCACUCCCAGGCGGGCUACCACAUCCGGAAGAGAGAUCUUAGGAUGAUUCAUGAGGCGGCCACCGAGGGCAAUGCUGAUGCGGUACAAGAUAUUCUCCGUUUUGGAAUAAAUGGCCUCAACGACAGAGAUAGAAAGCGCAGGACUCCUCUCCACCUGGCCUGCGCCAAUGGCCAUUCAGAAGUGGUCGCUGUCCUAGUAGAGAGGAAAUGCCUUCUUAACCUCUUUGAUAAUAAAAAGAGGACAGCUCUAACGAAGGCUGUACAGUGUGCGGAUGAGAAAAGUGUAACUAUCCUGCUAGAACACGGUGCUGAUCCAAAUUUUAUGGACAAGAGUGGCAACACUGCUCUUCACUAUGCUGUCUUUGGUGACAAUAUAUCAAUAGCAGAGAAGCUGCUUUUACACAAUGCAGACGUUGAAGCCAGAAAUAAGGCUGGCCUCACACCACUUCACCUUGCCAGAAAGGAGAACAACGAGAUGAUGGUGGAACUUUUAGCAGAAAAGACUGCAGCUGGAGAUUCAGUUCAUAAUACGAAAAGCGAUUGCCACCGAAUAUCCAGUCAUCAAGAAGACAACACAUCAAAAAAUUCUUGCCAAAGUCGCCAUCUAGGGACCCCAAUGACACCCAGAUUUGAUUCCUCACUAGAAGGACUCAGGGGACUCGGCACAGAGUGGUACACAUGCCGGUGGUUGAUGAUGGUGAGUGGAUACAAAGGCAAAUCUGCAGGGGAAAAGGUGCACGGAGUGAGGUCCGGAGGAGACCCGGAGCCUGCAUGCAGGAAUCCUUAA